AGAAUCCAAAUGAAAGCGCAAAACCAUGGCUAAAAGUUUCAAAGAUUCCUCACCAAUUCUCAUCCAUGAAGUCCAACCACCACUGCAUUUUUUUUUUCUCACAAUACAAAAGAAUGAUGAGUUAUAACAACCCAGGGUGAGGAAGAAGACAGUGAGUGACUUUUAUAUGGGCUUUAAAAAAUUUGAACCAAACAUCAAAUCCUCCAAAAGAACAGCACAAAUAGCUUAGAAAAUACCUAACAGUUGUCUGUUUAUGGAGGAUGUAAGUGACCUGUUGCAUUAUUUUACUGCUUUCUAUGAAAACAUUAUUGGCUCUAUUCCAAUCUUUAGUCAAUGAUUAAACUUGUACCACCCCCACCAUCAAACCAGCAAGCAACCCUGAAAAACUCCAUCUUCUCCCUCCCUAAUCAAAAGAGUCUCUUCUCUUAUCUUUCUCUUUCUUUUCUGUUUUCACCAAGCAAAAUGACCAUUGAAGAAACAGGGCCAGACCACCCGUCAGAUCACAUAUUGGACUGGUUAGAGGACUCGGUUCCUUUCUUUUCCUCUUUCCUAGAUGAGACUAGCAACUCCAGCUCUAUAAACUGCUAUCAAUGGUGGGAUGAGAAUCAGGACACAGGUGAAGAUCUGAUUAAUGGCUGUCUCAGCAACUCCCCCACUACCGUUGUUAGCACUAGACAACCAAACACACCCACUUCCCACCACUUGCCUCCAUCUGAUUUGACCAAGAAAAGAAAAGCUCCAGAUGAUUCAGUUCAUAAGAAAUCACAAACCCAUCAGAACCCAAGGAAGAAUCAGAACAACCAGAGCAAGAAUAUUGCAGAUAAAGGCAGUGGAGCUGUUGAGGGAGUGACUGUGAUAAAGAAAUCAGUAGGAAACAAGAAAAAUGCAUCAAAAUCCACAGGAAAUAACUAUAAUAACGGCAGCAACAAGGAAGGAAGGUGGGCAGAGCAAUUGCUAAAUCCUUGUGCUAAUGCUAUUGUAAAAGGAGAUGCGACAAGAGUACAUCACCUUCUUUGUGUUCUUCAAGAGCUCGCCUCACCCACCGGUGACGCUAACCACCGGCUCGCCGACCACGGUCUCCGAGCUUUGGCCUAUCACCUGUCCUCCAAUUCUUCAUCUUCUUCUUUUUCUUCUUAUUCCUCCACAGUUUCUCCGAUUACUUUCGCUUCGACGGACCCUCGUUUCUUCCAGAGGUCGUUGAUCAAGUUCCACGAGGUGAGUCCAUGGUUUGCAUUUCCAAACAACAUCGCAAAUUCUUCAAUCCUCCACAUUCUCUCUGAAGAAUCUAAUCGCCCGCGAAAUCUUCACGUUCUUGACAUUGGUGUUUCUCAUGGUGUGCAAUGGCCUACACUGCUCGAGGCCUUGACUCGCCGUUCCGGUGGACCUCCUCCACUAAUCCGUCUAACAGUCAUAGCUCCAACCGUCGAACAUGACCAAAACACCGAGACUCCGUUUUCAAUUGGUCCACCAGGAGACAACAUCUCCUCACGGCUUCUCAGUUUCGCCAAAUCUCUAAACAUCAAUUUACAAAUCAACCGCCUGGACAUUCACUCACUCCAGAGUUUAAAUUCACAAGCAAUCAACAAGUCCCGAGACGAAAUCCUAAUUGUUUGCUCACAGUUCAGACUCCAUCAGUUGAAACACAGUGCUCCAGACGAAAGACAAGAAUUCUUACAAAAUCUUCGAAAAAUGGAACCAAAGGCAGUGAUACUGAGUGAAAACAACAUGGGAUGUAGCUGUAGCAAGUGCGUAAAUUUCGAAAUGGGGUUCAGAAGAGGAGUAGAAUAUGUAUGGAAAUUUCUGGAUUCAACGAGCGCAGCAUUCAAAGGGAGAGAAAGUGAGGAAAGAAGAGUGAUGGAAGGUGAAGCGGCAAAAGCAUUGAGGAAUGUGGAAGGAGAAAUGAAUGAGGAAAAGGGAAAAUGGUGUGAAAGAAUGAGAAAUGUGGGUUUUGAGAGAAAAAGGUUUGGGGAAGACACCAUUGAUACGGCUCGAGCUUCAAUGAGAAGGUAUGAUAAUAAUUGGGAGAUGAGAAUGGAAGAUAAAGAUGGAUGUGUAGGAUUAUGGUGGAAAGGCCAACCCGUUUCGUUUUGUUCGUUGUGGAAGUUGGGGAUCAAAUCCAAUGCCCUUUGACUUUUUUUUUCUUCUCUUUUGUCAAAUGCUUUGAAGUUCAAAACAGGCUUUAUUGGCAAAAAGAAAGUAAUUACUAUGGCUUUGUGUUU